GUGUGUGUGCCUUAAGUGUGCGCCUCACCAGUGGUGCUGCAUUGCAUCCUCCUUCCGCUAAGACGUUUGAGCGAGCAUUUUGUUGGCGCACAUCAAGUCAUAAAACAUGAACUCUUUGAACCAGCAAUACGAGGAGAAGGUGCGCCCAUGUAUCGACCUUAUCGACUCGCUUCGGUCCCUGGGUGUGGAGAAGGACCUCGCCCUGCCUGCCAUUGCCGUCAUCGGAGACCAAAGUUCGGGCAAGAGCUCAGUCUUGGAGGCGCUGUCCGGGGUGGCGUUGCCGAGAGGAAACGGCAUUGUGACAAGAUGUCCUCUGGAACUGAAGAUGAAGAGACUGAGAGAAGGAGAGCAGUGGUAUGCACAGAUUAGCUAUCAUGACUAUACCGAGGAAAUCAAGGACCCCGCGCAAGUGGAAAAAAAAAUUCGUGAGGUUCAAGAUGAAAUUGCUGGCGUUGGGGUUGGGAUCUCCGAUGAUCUCAUUACUUUGGAGAUUUAUUCUCCAAACGUUCCUGACUUGACGCUCAUUGACCUACCAGGCAUCACCAGGGUGGCUGUAAAGGGACAGCCAGAGAACAUCGGUGAUCAGAUAAAACGACUGAUCUUUCACUUCAUCACCAAACAAGAAACCAUCAAUCUGGUGGUAGUGCCAUGCACCAUGGACAUUGCAACGACAGAAGCCUUAAAGAUGGCACAGGAGGUGGAUCCGGAAGGAGAAAGGACUUUGGGGAUCUUGACUAAACCUGAUCUGGUGGACAAAGGCACAGAAACAACGGUGGUGGACAUUGUCCACAAUCAGGUCAUCCACCUGAGGAAGGGCUACAUGAUCGUCAGGUGCAGGGGUCAGCAGGAGAUCACGGAGAAGGUGUCUCUCUCUGAAGCAAUAGAGAGAGAGAAAGCCUACUUCACUGACCAUCCGUAUUUCAACCCGCUUUACAACGAAGGUCACGCCACUGUUCCAAAGCUGGCGGAGAAACUCACUCUGGAGCUUGUGCAUCAUAUUGAGAGGUCUCUGCCUCGACUUGAAGAGCAGAUCGUGGAGAAGUUGUCACAGACUCAGGCAGAACUGGAGAAAUGUGGCACCGGGCCUCCAUCUGAACCAUCUGAGAGACUUGUCUUCUUUAUUGAUAAAGUAACGGCGUUCAUCCAAGAUGCCAUCAGCCUCACGACAGGAGACGAGCUCAGAUGUGGAGAUCGUCUCAAUACAUUUUCAGUGCUCAGAACAGAAUUUGGGAAGUGGAACGCCUACCUGGACGACUCAGGAAAGAUAUUUAAUGAAAAGAUUGAACGCGAGGUGGAGCAUCAUGAACACAAGUACCGUGGUAGAGAACUUCCUGGUUUUGUCAAUUACAAGACUUUUGAGGUCAUGGUCAAGGAUCAAAUCAAGCAGUUGGAGGAGCCCGCUGUAAAGAAACUUAAAGAUAUAGGAGAUGCUGUUAGGAAAGUGUUCAUACAGUUAGCCCACAGUAACUUCAGUGGAUUUCCUCACCUCCUGAAAACAACCAAGACAAAGAUUGAAGCCAUUAAGCAAGAAAAGGAGUCAACUGCGGAGACCUUGCUGAGGAAUCAGUUCAAAAUGGAGCUGAUGGUUUACACUCAGGAUAGGACCUAUAGUAACACUUACAAUGAGAACAGGAGCGGAGAGUGGAGGGAGGAUGAAGAGCAGGUGGUGGAGGAGAAUCCGUUGGAUUGUUAUGCUACGCUGCAGCAACUGAAAAUACAUCUGAGGUCCUACUAUAAAAUUGCCAGCCAGCGUCUAGCUGACCAAAUCCCGCUUGUGAUUCGCUACCAGAUGUUGCAGGAGUCUGCUGCACAACUGCAGAGGGAAAUGCUGCAGGUGCUGCAGGACAAGGAGAACAUUGACCUGUUGUUGAAGGAGGAUCCCGACAUUGCCCUGAAAAGGUCUGCUUUGCAGAGUCGUCAUCAACGCCUCACCAAAGCCCAUGCAUACCUCGUGGAGUUUUAGAGGUCACAGCACAAUAGCUGAAUCUGAAUGUAUUAUUCUUUUUUUCAUUCAUCUUCUUCAAAACAGUAGCCGAUUAUACUCACACAAUCAUAGUUAGGACUUGACUGUUACAUACUCCCAUCCUGCUGUUCAUUUUAGGGGAAUCUUACUCUUGCAAUCAUGUUAUUGGAUUAGGAUUUAUAUAAAAAUGUUGCUGUCCUAUACUUGUGUUGCAAAAUGUUAGUUUAUAAUUAGUUAAAGCUGAGAAUAAAGUUUAUAAACAAUAGCAUUCUUAGUUUUGAUCAAGAAAACAGGCUAGGUUAUAUCAUAUCUGGUAUAUGUUUCAUUCAUUUUCUAUCGCUUAUCCUCACGAGGCGGGUGCUGGAGCCUAUCCCAGCUGUCUUCAGGCGACACCCUGGAUUGGUCACCAGACAAUCACAGGGCACAUAUAGACAAACAACCAUUCACACUCACAUUCAUAUCGAGUCGCCAAUUAACCUAGCAUGUUUUCGGAAUGUGGGAGGAAACCGGAAUACCCGGAGAAAACCCAUGCAUGCACGGGGAGAACAUGCAAACUCCACACAGAGAUGGCCGAGGGUGGAAUUGAAGGAAAGAAGAACAUACAGAAAAUACAGAUGUUUAUU